AUGAGCAAGGCGGGACAAUCUCUGAAAUGGGUUCACCAGUGCAACGAUUUGAGAUCCUUCAAGCAAAUCCAUGCGCAUCUAUUGACUUCUGCCCUUGUUGCCAAUGACUUGGUUGUUACCAAAGCUGCAAUUUUUUUGGGAAAACAUGUAACUGAUGUAGACUACCCUUGCAAUUUCCUGAAGCAAUUUGAUUGGAGUUUGAGCUCUUUUCCUUGUAAUUUGCUGAUUUCUGGCUAUGUCUCUGGCCACUCACCCUGGCUUGGAAUACUGAUUUAUAGAUGGACUGUUAGGAAUGGUUUUGUGCCUGAUGUGUACACUAUCCCAGCAGUUUUAAAAUCUUGUGCUAAGUUUUCUGGGACUGGAGAGGUUAAACAAUUUCAUCCUCUAACUGUUAAGACUGGUUUGUGGUGCGACAAUUAUGUGCAAAACACUCUUGUCCAUGUCUAUAGCAUUUCUGGGGACAUUGUUUGUGCUGGCAAGGUGUUUGAUGACAUGCUUGUGAGAGACGUGGUCUCUUGGACUGGUUUGAUAUCUGGGUAUGUCAAGGCUGGGUUGUUUAAUGAGGCCAUUGGAUUGUUUUUGAGGAUGGAUGUGGAACCUAAUGUAGCAACCUUUGUCAGCAUUCUUGGGGCUUGUGGGAAAUUGGGGUGUUUAAAUUUGGGGAGAGGGAUUCAUGGGUUGGGUCUGAAAUGUCUAUAUGUGAAGGAGUUGGUGGUAUGCAAUGCUGUGUUGGAUAUGUAUAUGAGGUGUGAGUCUGUUACUGAUGCAAGGCAAAUGUUUGAUGAGAUACCUGAGAAAGAUAUUAUUUCUUGGACUAGCAUGAUAAGCGGGUUAGUGCAACGUCAGUGUCCCAGGGAAUCACUAGACUUGUUCUGUCAAAUGCUGGUCUCAGGUUUUGAGCCAGAUGGAGUUUUACUGACUUGUGUGCUUUCUGCUUGUGCCAGCCUUGGGCUUCUUGACUAUGGCAGAUGGGUACAUGAAUACAUUGAUAGUCAUGUUAUCAAGUGGGAUGUUCAUAUAGGAACUGCAUUGGUUGACAUGUAUGCAAAGUGUGGUUACAUAGACAUGGCACAGCGUAUUUUCAGUGGAAUGCCUUCCAGAAAUAUCCGUACUUGGAAUGCCUAUAUAGCUUGCUGCCAUUCUGGUUUGGUCAGUGAAGGCCUGAAGUAUUUUAAUGAGAUGUCAAGUCCCCUCUACGAUCUUUCUCCCUGGUUAGAACACUAUGGAUGCAUGGUUGAUUUACUCUGCAGAGCUGGACAGGUAGGGGAAGCUGUGGAGUUAAUAAAGACAAUGCCCAUGCCCCCUGAUGUGCAGAUCAUAGGAGCUCUUUUGAGUGCCUGUAAUACAUAUGGGAAUGUUGGAUUUACCCAUGAAAUGUUGAAAUCACUGCAAAAUUUUGAAUUCCAAGAUAGUGGCAUAUACGUGCUUUUUUCUAAUCUGUAUGCCACUAACAAGAAAUGGGCUGAUGUGCGAAGUGUUAGGAGAUUGAUGAAGCAGAAAGGAAUAAGCAAGGAACCUGGUUCUAGCCUUAUAAGGGUGGAUGGUAAGAGUCAUGAAUUUUUAGUUGGAGAUAAUAGUCAUCCUCAAAUUGAGGAUAUUCACAGUGUUGAUGAUCCAGCAGAGACAACUGAUGCAACUGGUUCGUAA